GCUGGAUCAUAUCUUCUUCGGGGCUAACUUUGUGAAAAUAUAUGCCAUCUUUAUCUCCUCAACUUACUGCUUUUCUGUUCCUUUCUUGUGACAGAAAAUGCUAUUUUCUUGCUUAUCUUAAUUAUCUUUUUCAGCCCCUUCCUUUGAGCCAAGAAAAGACAAAAAGAAAAAGCACAAGUGUCUGCUUGCAUGGUCUUAUCAUUUUUCUUGAUUAAACGUCUGUCUUCUAUCUACCACUUGCAACAGUAUAUUGUUAGUCAGUCUUGAGGACUGAUGUUGCAAUAGAUUCUCUUCUUUCAUCGCAGAAAAGUACAACAACAACUAUUACUAGUUACUACGCCUCAUUAAUUCCCAUACAAGUUGUGAUAUGAAUGUUGAGUAACAGGAAAUUUAUUGGAAUCGAAGUCAAUUGUGAUAGAAUUUGAUGGAGGGAGGUUGAGUGAUGGUCAUUUCUGUGGGGAAAAUAUGGAAGCACCUUUGAAUCAGAGGUCUCUGGAAAGAGUUGUUUCACAGAGGGCUAUGCAAAUAGGAAGCUCAUUUCCAUGCCAAAUUUGUGUGCUUGGCUUUCUCUCUGGUGUUUGCCUCACCUCUUUAUUUCUUGCUUCAUUUGCUCGCCUUUCACUUUCACCUUUUUCAUCUGGAAUUUCAACAUUCACUUCUUCUUCUUCAACAACCCUAAUAAAUGGAGACUGCAAUGUUAAACAAAAGAAUUUAGAAAGGGCGUUCUUUUCCCACGAAAAGUUUGCUGUGGGGGUAGAUAAGAGGGUGUCACUACUGUACUCAUCUUGGGGUAAUUUAGUGAAUCAAUCACCAAAUGAAGGCAAUCAUCUGGGUAAAUCCAACUUACCAAAAGCACCUCACUUGGAGGACUGCAAGUUGAGUGCAGAAACAAAUGAACGGCUUGAUACCCGAGUUCAAAAUGACAGCUUCCCUCCAUGGACUAUAUGGAAGGGACAGUUAGAUAACUUCCCGUGGACACAUGAAGAUGAGGAGCUGCAGUAUUAUAGACAUCAAACAGUAUCUGAAGGAGCUUAUCCUCCCUGGAACCAAUUGCAGAUCAAGGGCUCAGAUGAAGAGAAUUACCCCUUAACGAGGAAGGUGCAACGUGACAUAUGGCUCCAUCAACAUCCUUUGAACUGCAGUGAUGGAAAUGUGAAGUUUCUGAUAGCUGACUGGGAGAGAAUACCUGGGUUUGGUAUUGGUGCCCAGAUAGCUGGAAUGUGUGGUCUUCUUGCAAUAGCAAUCAAUGAGAAAAGGGUUCUUGUUACGAGCUAUUAUAACCGUGCUGACCACAAUGGCUGUAAAGGUUCAUCACGCUCCAGUUGGUCUUGCUACUUCUUUCCAGAAACAUCUCCGGAAUGCAGAGAUCGUGCUUUUGAGCUCAUGAAACAAAAAGAAGCAUGGGAAAAAGGGAUCAUAACGAUAAAAGAAAACUAUACUUCUAAGGAGAUAUGGUCUGGACGCACUCCAAGGUCAUGGGGAAAACCAUGGAGCUAUUUGCAGCCAACAACAGAUAUAAAUGGAAGUUUAAUUGCUUAUCAUCGCAAAAUGGAUAGGAGGUGGUGGCGUGCUCAGGCAGUGCGCUACCUAAUGCGGUUUCAGACAGAGUACACAUGCAACUUGCUAAACCAUGCACGGCAUGCAGCAUUUGGCUGGGAAGCUGCGAGAAUGGUUCUUGAAAGUCAAUUUAGAGAUUUUCCUGAGUUUUGUCAUUUUCUUCCUCAGGGAGAAAAGGCGGCCAAACAUGACAUUGAAACUUUUGUAUGGUCAAGUUAUAAACCUUGGAGUCCUAGGCCACUGCUGAGCAUGCAUGUUCGAAUGGGCGACAAGGCAUGUGAGAUGAAGGUUGUAGGGUUCAAAGAAUACAUGCACCUUGCUGAGCGCAUAAGACAGCACUUCCCUGAUCUUAAGAGCAUCUGGCUUUCGACAGAAAUGCAGGAAGUUGUAGAUCAAUCAAGACUGUACCCCCAUUGGACGUUUUACUACACAAAUGUGACACGCCAAAUGGGUAACAUGACAAUGGCAACUUAUGAAGCCAGUCUUGGCAGGAAGACAAGCACGAAUUAUCCUCUUGUUAAUUUUUUGUUGGCAACUGAAGCCGAUUUCUUCAUUGGAGCAUUGGGCUCCACAUGGUGUUUCCUCAUAGACGGUAUGAGGAAUACCGGAGGGAAAGUCAUGUCUGGAUACUUGAGUGUUAACAAGGAUCGAUUUUGGUAGCUUCACAAUGGAGCUUAUAGCUCCAUCUAUGGGUUCAAUCUCGGAUAAACCUGGAAACAUCGCGAUUACCUCUAAACCAAAAGAAAUUGGUUGAAAAUUCUCUGUUUUCUUAGUUGAUAUGUCGACUGUUUGCAUCAAACAUGCAGAGAUUAUGAUAAUCAGAUCAGUUCUUACAUGUAAAUUGUUUAUUGUAAAAAAAAUAAAUUAAAUUGCCUUACUAUUAUCACAAAUUCUAUGUAACUAAUCACAUUUUCUUGUAAAUACAUGGAUUAUUUUAUUGAGGACCUAUUUUUGUAGUAAAGUUAUCAUGUAACUUUACCUACAAAAGUUUAAUUUGAUGGAAAGAAUCAUCAACAUUUCUUGA